AUGGCACUUCGUUUUGAUGGAAGAGUAGCGAUUGUGACAGGAGCUGGUGGUGGUCUCGGCAGAACGUAUGCCUUGGAGCUUGCUAAACGAGGGUGCAAAGUUGUAGUCAAUGACCUCGGAGGAAAUGCACAUGGGACCUCAGCUUCUACGUCAAUGGCAGAUAAAGUUGUCGAUGAGAUUAAAACUGCUGGUGGACAAGCAGUGGCUAACUACGACAGUGUAGAAUUCGGCGAGAAGAUUGUAAAAACCGCCAUUGAUGCUUUUGGCCGAGUCGAUAUUGUAAUCAAUAAUGCUGGGAUUCUCCGUGAUGUUUCGCUUGUGAAAAUGACGGAUCUCGACUGGGACUUAAUUUUCAAAGUUCACGUGAAAGGAGCUUAUUCCGUGACGAAAGCAGCCUGGCCUUAUAUGAGAAAACAGAACUACGGGCGAAUUAUUGUGACGUCAUCAAACGCGGGGAUCUAUGGGAACUUCGGUCAAACUAAUUACGCAGCUGCGAAGUCUGCCCUUGUUGGAUUUUCCAACUCCCUAGCUCAAGAAGGAGCAAAAUACAAUAUACUUGCAAACACAGUAAUCCCAACAGCCGGAUCUCGCUUAACUCAAACCAUACUUCCAGAGUCCAUUAUCGAGGCCUUGAAGCCGGAAUACGUUACUCCAAUGGUUGUAUACCUUUGUCAUGAGUCCUUCAACGAGAGCGGCAAAGUUUUCGAAGCCGGAGCAGGGUGGUAUGGAACACUGAAAUACUAUCGAUCAGCUGGAAAAGUUGUUCGUAACGCGAAGGCUGAAGAUCUUCGAGACAACUGGAGCCAAAUCACCAACAUGCAGAACGCCCAGCACUUUGAGAACAUGAAAGAUCUGAUGAGCGAACUAAUGGGAGUUAUGACGGAUGUUGAGGAAAAAGGAUCAGAUAGCUGUAACGUCCCAUCAUCAGGAUCCGAAUUCCCCUCUAACAUUAAAUGUUCAGCACUCUUCAAAGAAAUGAACGAGGGAAUUCAGCAAGAUCCUUCAGCUGUGAAAAACAUAAAAGCAAUUAUUCUAUAUAUCUUGACCGAUGGAACGAAAGAGAUUGGAAAGUUUACGCUCGACUUCAAGAGCUCUUCUCCAUCGGUCUAUCACGGUGAUGUCAAAAAUGGGGAGAAACCUACAGUAACUGUUACGGUGUCCGAUGAUGACUUCUUCGAUAUAGCUAACGGAAAGCUGAAUUCACAGAAGGCAUUCAUGGGUGGGAAACUCAAGGUGAAAGGUAAUGUGAUGCUUCUACAAAAACUGCAGACAAUCUUGGAUAAGAAGAGGAAGUCGAAACUCUAG